CCCAAAGGUGCGUUCUCUCUCUCUAACCGCCAAAAAAAAUUCGCAGCGAAGAGAAAGCGAAGGAAAAAGUAAAGGGAUCUCCUCGCAGAUCUCCGCCCCUAGGGUUAGCGUUGGGGCUUAUCCUUCUCUCCCAUUUUGGUUUCGAUUUUUUUCUGUUUUUUCUUGGAUUUUGCGUUCAUGGACGUUGUGGAGAGGGCUGAGGGAUGUGGGAUUGUUGCUGUUCUCUGCUGGAGAUUUCAGAUGCGUAGCUGAGGAGGCGGAGGAGGAGGAGGAGAGAUUGGAGGAGGUCUCGGGGGAGGAGAUCUGGGGAGGAGAUGAGCGCAUCGAGGUUCAUAAAGUGUGUCACGGUGGGGGACGGCGCCGUCGGCAAGACCUGCAUGCUUAUAUCCUACACCAGCAACACUUUCCCCACGGAUUAUGUUCCAACAGUUUUCGACAAUUUCAGUGCAAAUGUUGUGGUGGAUGGUAGCACUGUUAACCUAGGUUUGUGGGACACUGCAGGCCAGGAGGAUUAUAAUAGAUUAAGACCUUUGAGCUAUCGUGGGGCUGAUGUUUUUUUGCUGGCAUUCUCUCUCAUCAGUAAGGCCAGCUAUGAAAAUGUUGCUAAGAAGUGGAUUCCUGAACUGAGGCACUACGCACCAGGUGUGCCUAUAAUUCUUGUUGGGACCAAGCUUGAUCUUCGGGAUGAUAAGCAAUUUUUUAUAGAUCACCCAGGUGCUGUUCCCAUUACUACUGCUCAGGGAGAAGAGCUGAGGAAGGCAAUAGGGGCUCCUGCCUACAUCGAGUGCAGUUCAAAGACCCAACAAAACGUCAAGGCAGUUUUUGAUGCAGCCAUUAAGGUGGUACUCCAGCCUCCCAAGCAGAAGAAAAAGAAGAGGAAGGGACAGAUGGCUUGCUCCAUUUUGUGAUCAUGGAACACGAGAAGAAAGAAUGAUGACCCACCAGCCAUCCUUUGUUGUGAUUCCUUGCUCCAUUAAAGGAUCUUGGUCAGUGCAGAAUCAACUGACAGCAGUAUCAGGUGAUCUGUUUCAAUUUUUUCUGUCUUGUGGUGAUUGGUAACCAACUUGUCGCAAUGUGCACCUUCAGAUGAUGACUUGUUCACCUUGAUGUAAGGGAAAUCUUGUUUAGAUAUGUUUUCCUUGCAUGGACACGAUAUGAUAGUAUUUUUGUACCUUAAUUUAAUUGCUUAAAAGGCUUGGCUAGAUUGUGUAAUUUGGCUUGAGUAGAUUGUGUAAUUGUUUGCUGAACUUAUGUUCAGAAACUCCGAUCACCUAUUUUUGUGCAAAUCAUUGGAAUGGGAUGGACUGGCAUGGCAUGCUUCUCUC